CCUUGGCAACCCCCAGCCAAGAGCCAUGCAGUCCGCCCUGCUCCUUCUGGCGGUAGCUGCCAGCGCACAAGCUUUCGGCCUGAGACACAGAGCUGACGGUGGUGCUAUCAGCGCCUCCCAAGCGGAGGCAUCAUCAGCAGGCGUGGGUGCUGGGCUGUUAGGCCUUGGCGUCGGUGCUUCCACGAGCCACGCCUCGGCAGAAUCCGUUGGAGUGGGCCGAAGCAGCGAUGGCAUCAGUAGCUCCAAGGCACGAUCAUCGUCAGUAGGAGUCGGUGCUGGACUCCUGGGACUCAAUAUUGGUGGUUCUCUGAGCCAUUCCUCGUCCAAAGCCACUGGAAUGGGGAGAAGUGACAGUGGUCUCAGCGCAUCCAAAUCAGGAGCAUCAUCCAUAGGACUGAACGUUGGUAUAGGCGGCAUAGGAGUGAACCUCAAUAUUGGUACAACCAGAGGAAAGUCAUCAGCUGGUGCAGCUGGAGUGGGAAGGAGUGAGGGUGGAUUAAGCGCCUCUGAAUCUAAGGCAUCAUCAGUAGGUGUGGGAGCUGGACUGCUCGGUCUUGGCGUCGGUGGUUCUCUAAGCCACACAUCAUCUAAGGCUGUUGGAGUUGGCAGGAGUGACACAGGCUUCAGUGGCACCAGUGCAGAGGCGUCAUCUUCAGGAAUGGGUGUUGGACUUCUAGGUGCAGGAUUGGCUGGUUCCCAGAGUCAGGCUUCAGCAGGAUCUGUUGGAGUAGGCCGCGGUGAUGGUGGGUUUAGUGCUUCUAAUGCAGAGUCUUCAUCUGUAGGACUGGGAGCAGGACUUCUGGGCUUAGGCGUUGGUGGUUCUAUGAGCCACUCCUCAUCACAAGCUCUCGGAGUGGGCAGAGGUGACGGCAGCUUCAGUGGCUCAAGUGCAGAGGCAUCAUCUACAGGAAUUGGCGCUGGUCUUCUUGGAGGUGGACUCGCUGGUUCCCAGAGUCAAGCUUCAGCAGGAUCUGUUGGUGUAGGCCGCGGUGAUGGUGGGUUUAGUGCUUCUAAUGCAGAGUCUUCAUCAGUAGGACUGGGAACAGGACUUCUGGGCUUAGGCGUCGGUGGUUCCUCGAGCCACUCCUCAUCACAAGCUCUUGGAGUGGGCAGAGGUGACGGCAGCUUCAGUGGCUCAAGUGCAGAGGCAUCAUCUACAGGAAUUGGCGCUGGUCUUCUUGGAGGUGGACUCGCUGGUUCCCAGAGUCAAGCUUCAGCAGGAUCUGUUGGUGUAGGCCGUGGUGAUGGUGGGUUUAGUGCUUCUAAUGCAGAGUCUUCAUCAGUAGGACUGGGAGCAGGGCUUCUGGGUUUAGGCGCUGGUGGUUCUAUGAGCCACUCCUCAUCACAAGCUCUUGGAGUGGGAAGAGGUGACGGCAGCUUCAGUGGCUCAAGUGCAGAGGCAUCAUCUACAGGAAUUGGCGCUGGUCUUCUUGGAGGUGGACUCGCUGGUUCCCAGAGUCAAGCUUCAGCAGGAUCUGUUGGUGUAGGCCGUGGUGAUGGUGGGUUUAGUGCUUCUAAUGCAGAGUCUUCAUCAGUAGGGCUGGGAGCAGGGCUUCUGGGUUUAGGCGUUGGUGGUUCUAUGAGCCACUCCUCGUCACAAGCUCUCGGAGUGGGCAGAGGUGAUGGCAGCUUCAGUGGCUCAAGUGCAGAGGCAUCAUCUACAGGAAUUGGCGCUGGUCUUCUUGGAGGUGGACUCGCUGGUUCCCAGAGUCAAGCUUCAGCAGGAUCUGUUGGUGUAGGCCGGGGUGAUGGUGGGUUUAGUGCUUCUAAUGCAGAGUCUUCAUCAGUAGGGCUGGGAGCAGGGCUUCUGGGUUUAGGCGUUGGUGGUUCUAUGAGCCACUCCUCGUCACAAGCUCUCGGAGUGAGCAGAGGUGAUGGCAGCUUCAGUGGCUCAAGUGCAGAGGCAUCAUCUACAGGAAUUGGCGCUGGUCUUCUUGGAGGUGGACUCGCUGGUUCCCAGAGUCAAGCUUCAGCAGGAUCUGUUGGUGUAGGCCGGGGUGAUGGUGGAUUUAGUGCUUCUAAUGCAGAGUCUUCAUCAGUAGGACUAGGUGGCGGUCUUCUUGGUUUAGGCCUCGGUGUCUCAAAAAGCAGCUCCUCUUCACAGGCUGUUGGAGUGGGUGGAAACGGAGGCAGCUUAAGUGGUGCCACAGCAGCAGCAAAAUCAUCAGGAUUCGGAGGUUUUGGAGGUUCUGAGAGCCAAGCUUCAGCAGGGUCUGUGGGAGUUGGCGGAGGUGGCAGUGGGUUCAGCACCUCUGAAGCGCAGUCUUCGUCAGUUGGUCUGGGUGCCGGGUUAGGUAGCCUUGGCCUUGGGCUUGGACUCUCUACAAGCCGUUCUUCAGCAGGAGCUGUGGGAACAAGUGGUGGUGGCACUGCACUAAGUUCGGCCCAGUCUAAAUCGUCAUCGGUGGGACUAGGUGGCGGCCUCCUUGGUCUUGGCGUUGGUGCUUCUCUCUCAUCGUCACAAGCUGCUGCUUCAGGUGGCGGCUAUGGUGGAGUCAGUGCAUCUAAUGCAGGAGCUUCGUCGGUUGGAUUAGGUACUGGACUGCUUGGAAUACUCUGAGCUCGUUGCAGACUCUCUUGACCAGUGAAACUGACGGUAAAUAAAUGUUUUGACAGAAGGCGACGACUGUGUGCUUUGUGAAACCUAUGACUGAACAUAAAAACCGACAUGUUUGUUUCGAUGUUUCGUGUAGAUUCACAUAAUUUCACGAAUAAAUGUAUUAAACAACCAGGA